AAAAGAAAAGUAGAUGGGAGGUGUAACGGGAAGACGAAGCGUGAUUACUUUUGCUUUUCUCUUUUCCUUAUUUUUUUUCAUUUAGUUACACUCUGCGGACAGCUCCGAGUCUUUCUCUUUCUCUCUCUAUCUGUCUCUCCUCUUUGAGAUAUCCUUUUUCCCACUCCCUUCGCCCUUGCUCCCACAAUCCUUCUCCCCUUCCCUGCUUCCCAUUCUCAGAAAUCCAACAACGAGGAAUUUCUCUGGCACACAGACUACAUUCCAUCGACCACCGUUGAAUGACGAAGAAGCAGACCGGAUAGAGAGCUCAGUGAGAAGUGAGACACAUUUUGAGAGCCCAGCCGGGGCCUGAGCACAGCUGGAAACGUCGAGAUGUCACCAUGUCAAGAAUAAUAACGUGUAGAACAACAAUAACUAGCGGCAGCACGAGUAGUAAUAGAAGAAGCCGAACCGCCGCCGCCGCCGCCGCCGCAUCAAAUACUGGCAGAAGCAGCAACCGCAGCACCAACGUCGAGGAGGAAGGCAUCAUCACGAUCGUGCGGACGCACCCAUGAGUCUCGAAGUCCAGACGACUCACCACCAACUCCCACCGCCUCCUCACCGCCUCCCGGCCUCCUCCUGCCCCCUCCAUCCCGACGAACACGUCACCGGCUUCUGCGCCUCCUGCCUCCGCGAGCGCCUCGCCGGCCUCGAUACCUCCUCCGCUUCCGGCCGGAAGUCCGCUUCCUCCGCCUUCAAAUCCCUCUUCUUUAAGGCCCCCGCCACCUCCGGUGGAGGAGGAGGAGCGCAGCGCACUUCCUCCAACGCCACCUCCUCGUCAUUCUCGCGCCCGGAGCUCCGCCGCUGCAAGUCGUUCUCCUGCGGCCGCGGCGACGGUCUCUCGGGUCCCCGCAUCUCCGCCUUCGAGCCUCAGCGCAGGUCCUGCGACGUCCGCGUUCGCAACACCCUCUGGUCCCUCUUCCACCAGGACGACAAGGAGAGAGACAAGCACGGAGUCCGGGAACCCUCUGCUGCCUCUGCCGGAGAGAUCGAGGCCGAGUGCGGGAAUCUAGGGUUCCCUCUUCCCUCCUCCGUCGCCGCUCCGGUCCUGGAGAGUCGCGAAGAGGACGAGGAGGAGAAGGAGGAUAAAGACAAUGUGGAGGAAAUCAGGGUCGUGGAUCCCGCCCUGGUGGUCGGAACGUCUGGGGAGAUCGAGGGAGGAGAGCGGGAAGAGGUGGAGGAGGCGGAGCUGAAGCCGAUGAAGGACCACAUAGAUCUCGACUCCGCCCAGGCCAAGAAGCCCCCUUCCAAAGACCUCAAGGAGUUCGCGGGCAGCUUUUGGCUUGCCGCCUCCGUCUUCAGCAAGAAGCUUCAGAAAUGGCGGAGGAAGCAGAAGUUCAAGAAGCAGGGCGGAGACAAGGCAGCGGCGAUGCCGCCGGAGAAACCUCCCAAGUCGUCCCGCGGGUUCCGCGACACCCAGUCGGAGAUCGCUGUCGACGCCUUCGGCCGGCGGUCCUGCGACACCGAUCCCCGGUUCUCCCUGGACGCCGGCCGGCUCUCCUUGGACGACCCCGGUAUUUCGUGGGACGAGCCGAGGGCCUCGUGGGACGGCUAUCUCAUCGGAGGCCGAUCCAUGUUCCCUCGCCUCCUUCCCAUGAUCUCCGUUGUGGAGGACGCCCCCGCCCCCGCCCCCGCUCCUGCUCCCGCUCCCGCUCCCGCUCCCGCUCCCGCCCCUGCCGUCCAGCGGUCGGACGGCCAGAUCCCUGUCGAGGAGGACGCUGUUAUCCCGGGGGGCUCCACCCAGACCCGGGACUACUACUCGGACACAUCUAGCCGCCGUCGUCGGAGCUUCGAGCGGUCGAAUUCCGUCCAGAAACCGGUGGUCGAGAUCAGCGAGCCAAAGCCAGCCUCCAAUGCCAAGGUGUCCCCUGCCGGUGGCGCCGAGUUCUUUCCGUUCCACGCGGGGAGCUUUCUUGAUAGGGAUUUAAGAGAUUUGAGCUCGAACUCUUUGAGGGAUGACCGGUCCGAGAGCUUCGAGUCGGCUUACAUAGACUCUUGUAAAGGAAGUUCUGCAAAGAAGUCGAGGAGGUGGAGCAAGGCAUGGAACAUUUGGGGUUUUAUACACCGGAGAAGCAGCAGUAGAGGAGGAGCCCGUGUGGUUGAGAGAUCCUUCUCGGAGUCAUGGCCUGAGCUGCGGGGUUGGGGUUAUAAUGGCAAGAUUUUGCGAAGCAACAGCAGUGUGAGUUCAAGGAGUUCAUUCAACGGCAAUGGUGGGUUUGGGAGCAUGAGGAGGAGCAGUGUGGAGACCAAUGGGCAUCAGAAGAAGAGGAGGGAGGAGUUUCUGUUGGAGAGGAACCGGAGUGCCAGGUAUUCUCCAAGCCACUUUGAUAAUGGGUUGCUGAGGUUCUACUUGCCACCAAUUCAGAGCAACCGGAGGAAUGGAAGGUCGGCAAAGGAAAGGCACAUGAUUUCUCAUUCGUUCACCAGAAGCAUGCUACGAUUGCACUGAGCCAGUAACCGGCUUGAAUCGGGUUCAUGUUCUUCCUGGGUGCAAACUUAUAUUUCUGUAUUUUCUGUUUGCUGGGAGGAGAAGCAUAAUAUUUGCAUUGGCUUACGUUUGUCUUUUAUCCCAUUAUGUUGGUCACUUUGAUGAUCUCAUUUCUGUUUGUUGGUUCUUCUUAAUCGCAUUGAUAAGAGAAUGAGAUUGAAAAUACUGAAGGAGAAUGUCAUUCUACCUCACACUAAGGUGACAAAUCUCUAACAACUACUGGAGGAUUAGCUCUUGAUGAAAUUUCUCAUGCAGAUAUUUUUGGUAGUUGGCUAGGAAAAUUGCUUGCUUUAGUUUUGGCAUUCCAAUUGGAUUCACAAUGCUAUGCUGAGGCAAUAUUAUGAAGCUUGCGGUGUCCUGGUAACAGAUAGUCUGUAGAACUUGUUGGUCAUCAUCCUGUCAUUAACUUCGUUAAGGAAAUGUGACUUUUUGGUGAACCAUAUGGUAUUAUGGAUUGCAAACUAUACAAACUCAAGGAAUUUCAAUUUACCUUA